CUAAACCCGCGGCUCGGCUCUCUCUCUCUCUAGGCGAUUUUUGCCCCUUUGGGGCGAUUUGCAAAUUCCGGCCACCAUGGCCGGCGAUCGGCCACCGCUACCCCACCAUCAUCCUCCUGACAUCACAACGAUCACAGAGCACCCUGACAUCGCCGGGAAAGCUGCCAGAAAACGCCAAAUCGAAGGUGGCGACCUUCCAUCUACGGCGCACCUUUUUCCGGCCACCACAAGCAGCGGCGAUACUCCAAAAUGCUCCCAGUCCACUCCUGACAUCAUUACGAGUCCAUUGCGACCAGCCCCAGCCUUUUUGGUUGCCGGAAACGCUGGAUCGCCGUCGCAGGUCAAACCGGCGGUUUCCGGCGGGUUUGGGCUAAUUCCGGCCAUCUCCGGUGGAAUUGGCGUCGCGCAGGUAAAAUCCGGCAAAGGUUCUCGACCUCCCACUUCGGAGGAAUUGAAAUUGCUAGACACAUCUGACGAGCCUGAGGAGCCUGCUGAAGAUCUUGAGUUUGAUUCCUCCGCCCUCCCCUUUGCUUCUACUGAUAUUGAUUUAGGGAGGAGGAGGGAGAAAACCCCCUGUACUCCUGCAGCCCGUACUCCCCUGGUCUGCACUUUGAAUCGUUCGGCCAACACCAUCCCAUCGAAUAGGGAUUUUGGUGUCCACUAUCCUUCGUACUGUCUGGAUCCUGGUCCUUCGCACGAGGAUGUGGAUGUCGUCCGCUAUCAUUGUGAUGGUCGUAGGUACGGUGAGGAUUCCGACCUUUCAGAUGAGGACGAGGAUGACUUGAUCUGGGAAGAGGAGCAGGAAGACAUUAAAUAUAAAUUUGAGCCCAAAUCCAAACUUGGAUAUUAUGGGAAUGAUCUUCAGCCUUUUCAGCGGGACCUAGAGGCGGCUAGGUUGUCCCCGGCGCGGAACUACAGGAAGACACGCUCGAGAUACCGUGAUUAUGAGGAGCGGUUCUUGGGCUGAUUUACUUUCCCGGUAGGCUGGACUGGGUAGUCGGCACUGCUUUUGUGUUCUAUCAUUUCUGCUACCUGGUCCUUUGGUUUUGACAGCCGGCUCUUCUUCAUUGUUAUAUUUAUUCUGCUGUCUUAGUCUUUAUUUUAUUUUAUUACUGCAUUUUUUCUGGUGAGUUGGAGAUUUGUUCCUUCCACCAAGACUCUUUUAUUUAUGCGAAUAAAACUGCUUUUUCUUU